AUGUGCUGGCUGCUGGUGUCCUGAGAGGCCCUGCACCACGUGGCAGUGACCAGGGCCACUCACAGCAAUGAGACAGCUAGCGCCUACCUGGCCCGGCACUGGCUGCGGGUCCCAGGGGAGGUCAGACUCAGCUUCUCCACCGUGCCUGUGCUGCUGGCCAACCCGGUGGCCUCAGCCGCCUGCUGCCGCUGCGUGGGCUAUGACCUCAGUCGUGCCUUCACCGGGUCCUUCCUAAAUGCCAGGGCCAACCCAGAUGACCCACACGAGGUGUCAAGGGCCAGAGACCUGAACCAGCUGCUGGGGCCCAAGGCCUCGAGCCCGCCUUCUACUUAUCCCAGACCUUCACAACACCACGGCUUCACCUGGAAGGCACCUACAACGUUUAUAACAUGCACCUGUGCCACCACCUCCAGGUGGCCCUAUGGCGGGGGGAGGAGAGUUAGAGCGAGCACACUGCGAACAAGAAGGGAGAGGCCCUGGAGCUGCGCCGCGGCCCCAAGGGUGCUGCGGGCCAACCUUUUCACCAGGAUGAGGGUCGUGGUGGCCGCAGCUGUAGACUUCAUCGAGCUGUUCAAGAGAUCCCCGGGGUCUUACCCAGCCUCCUGCACAGGCAUGGAGAUGGAAGCAUAUGGAACCGCGAGCAGCGUGGACUUCCCAUGCACCGAGGCCGGGGACCUGGCCGGCACCGUGCAUCCUCAGCUGCGGGACUGAGACUUCGAGCCACCGCGGCCUGGCGCACCCAUCUUCCAGAUGUUCAGCAGUGAGGACGUGCUCUAUGAGGGGGGGUCCACCAUGGACCCUGUGUUCAUCAACGAGGUUGCCUACUACGAGGAGGGCACUGCCUUCCUCCAGACUGAGAAGCUCGCGCUCUCCGUGCCUGCCCUGCCCACACUGGCCUCCACCCUGCCAGGGCCCCUAAUCCAGGCCACACCCGCCCAGCCUCAGCCCUCCCUUCUGAACAGUGGGUCGUGA